AUGGAUAUCGCCUACGAUCACAUCCAGGAGGAGGCAUUUUCCAACAAGGAGGGCGCUCCCUCCGACUCCAAGCCCCAGGAGUCUAACGCCAACCUCAACGAUGAGCUACAAGAGACCUUCCGUGCAUUCUCCGCCAGUCCGUGGGGCUCCCGAAUUGGAGGACUAUGGGACAAUGUACGCAAACAGGGAGAAACCUACUACGAAGGUGCUCGUCAAGAGUAUGCAGCUGCCAGCGAGGAAGCCGUGAAAGGAUUUUCAGAUCUCAAGGAAACACUCGCCGACCGGACAAAGGGGCUGUCUCUCAGCACAGCUGCCUUGACGGGCAGUGGCGAGGGACAAAGUGACGAGACCGCCACACCCAAGGCUGCUACAGAAGGAGGAGAAUCUACCGACAAGGGAGAAGGCGAAGGCGCUGGCGCCAGUGGAGAAAGCUUUAUUGCCAGGUUGAAGGCGGAAGCCGCUCGGCGGCUGAAGGAGAUCGAGAAGGCAGAGGAAGCAGCUGAUGAAGCGAUCCUGCGAUUCGGAAUGAACAUAGGCCAGAAGUUGCGUGAAGCUGUUAGCAUUUUGCCCCCCGAUACCGAAGAGUCCGGCAAGCUUCUUUUCGAGAGCAAGGAUGCAGAGGGAAAGCGGGUCAUUCAUGCUACACGGUUCGAGGCACAGCUGCACGUUAUUCAUUCAAACCUGGAAAGUUUCAGUAAGGACCCGGUCAGUGAUGAGUGGCCUUCGUUCAAGAAGGAGUUCAAUGUCGAAGUCAAGACGGAUGAGAUCGCUGCCGAUUUGGAGAAAUACCCCGAGCUCCGUUCAGCCAUGGAGAAGCUCGUGCCCGAGCAGGUCGAAUACGCGGAAUUCUGGACUCGUUACUACUUCCUUCGUCUCGUCGUGGAGACCGAGGAGAAGAAGCGUAAGGAACUUCUGAAGGGUGCCAAUGCCGAAGACGAAGAAGAAGUCGGCUGGGACGACGACUCUGACUCUGAGUCUCAGUCCCCCUCUACCCCACAUGUCCGCUCCGGUGCCCAGACUCUUGCUCCCACCAAAGAAACCGAGAAAGCCGAGCCUCGCCGUUCGAACGACCAGCACUCCCAAGCCGACAGCGAAUCCAGCUACGAUGUUGUGAGCGGCGCUGCUAGCCGCACACCUGGUAGUCCCAAGGAAAAGGCUGCCUCCGCUGCGAAGGCGGAUGAGAGUGACGAAGAUUGGGAGUAA